AUGUCAUCGGCUAAAGGAGUAUCCAUUGGAAUUGACCUGGGUACGACUUACUCCUGCGUAGGUGUAUUUCAGCAUGGAAAAGUGGAAAUCAUUGCAAAUGACCAGGGUAAUAGGACCACGCCCAGCUAUGUGGCCUUCACAGACACAGAGAGGCUCAUUGGAGAUGCUGCCAAAAACCAGGUGGCCAUGAACCCCAACAACACAAUAUUUGAUGCCAAGCGCCUCAUCGGCCGAAAGUACAAUGAUCCUAUUGUGCAGUCUGACAUGAAGCUCUGGCCAUUCAGAGUGGUCAGUGACGGUGGUAAGCCCAAAGUUCAGGUAGAGUACAAGGGAGAGACCAAGACAUUCUACCCUGAGGAGAUUUCCUCCAUGGUCCUUGUCAAAAUGAGGGAAAUUGCUGAAGCCUAUCUUGGACAGAGAGUCACCAAUGCAGUCAUUACAGUUCCAGCCUAUUUCAAUGACUCACAGCGUCAGGCCACCAAAGAUGCUGGAGUAAUAGCCGGGCUUAAUGUUCUCAGGAUCAUCAAUGAACCCACAGCAGCUGCAAUCGCCUAUGGACUGGACAAAGGCAGGAAAGGCGAACGCAACGUCUUAAUCUUUGAUCUCGGUGGAGGCACUUUUGAUGUAUCCAUCCUGACGAUUGAGGAUGGAAUCUUUGCGGUCAAGGCUACAGCUGGUGACACACAUCUUGGAGGAGAGGACUUUGAUAAUCGCAUGGUCAAACACUUUGUCGAAGAGUUCAAGAGGAAACACAAGAAAGACAUCAGCCAAAACAAGAGGGCAGUAAGGAGACUUCGCACUGCCUGUGAGAGGGCCAAGAGAACCUUAUCUUCCAGCUCCCAAGCCAGCAUUGAGAUUGACUCUCUAUUUGAUGGCAUUGACUUCUACACGUCGAUCACAAGGGCUCGCUUUGAGGAGCUGAAUUCCGAACUCUUCAGGGGAACACUGGAACCUGUGGAGAAGGCUUUGAUGGAUGCUAAAAUGGACAAAUCUCAAAUCCACGACAUCGUCUUGGUUGGUGGCUCCACAAGAAUCCCAAAGAUCCAGAAACUUCUGCAGGAUUUCUUUAACGGCAGGGACCUGAACAAGAGCAUAAACCCAGAUGAAGCAGUGGCAUAUGGUGCGGCUGUUCAGGCAGCUAUUCUCAUGGGUGACACCUCUGAAAAUGUCCAAGACUUACUGCUUCUGGAUGUUGCCCCACUUUCGCUGGGUAUUGAGACAGCUGGAGGAGUCAUGACUGCCCUCAUCAAACGCAACACUACAAUCCCCACCAAACAGACACAGAUCUUCUCUACCUACUCUGACAACCAACCAGGUGUGUUGAUCCAAGUAUAUGAGGGAGAGAGGGCCAUGACUAAGGACAACAACCUGCUUGGCAGGUUUGAGCUCACAGGUAUUCCUCCAGCACCAAGAGGUGUGCCUCAGAUUGAGGUGACCUUUGACAUUGACGCAAACGGCAUCCUGAAUGUUUCUGCAGUGGACAAGAGCACUGGUAAAGAGAACAAGAUCACUAUCACGAACGACAAGGGUCGCCUGAGCAAAGAGGAUAUCGAGAGGAUGGUGCAGGAAGCGGAGAAGUACAAGGCUGAAGAUGAGGUCCAGAGAGAGAAGAUUGCUGCCAAGAACUCUCUGGAAUCCCUCGCCUUUAAUAUGAAGAACAGUGUCGAGGAUGAAAAACUUCAGGGGAAGAUUAGCGAGGAGGACAAGAAGAAGGUUGUUGACAAGUGUAAGGAGGUCAUAAGUUGGCUUGAGAACAACCAGCUGGCUGAAAAAGAGGAGUAUGAGCACCACCAGAAGGAACUGGAGAGCGUGUGCAACCCCAUCAUCUCCAAACUGUACCAAGGAGGAGUACCUCCCGCUGGCUGUGGAGCCCAGGCAGAUUCAGGCUCUCAGGGUCCCACCAUUGAAGAGGUGGACUGA